ACAAGAGAUAAAAGUAAUACCAAGUAAGUCUGUUGUAAAUUUCUUUCUAUAUAUUUAAUAUAAUCGUAAUUGUAAUAACUUCUACACACAUUUUUUUCUAAAAAAAUCUUCAACGUAUGUAUGGACGUUGGAGAUAACUUUGUUUAGAAAAACCUAGUAUAAUAAAACUUUUUGAAUUUUGGUAACACUAUAGUAUAUUGACACCCUUGAGUUAACUAAUGGGGAUUACGAUGAAGUCUCGUGUAUUUUAAACGAAAUUUAAAGUGCAGUGAUAGAUAACUUGUAUGCUAUUGCAAGUGAAUUAAAUAUUGGCAAUGUUUGGUUUCUAAAAUGUUUGAAAUCGACGGAAAGUGAAUCUAAAAUGGUGCUUAAACUAAAUUACAAAGCAUAUCUGCUCCUAAAGCAGAAUACGUGGUAAAGUACUUGAUGUGAUUCAGUAAGUAUUCAUGAGUGCUUCGUUAGGCUAGAUAGUAUUCUCCCACUCUAAACUGUAAUUUUAAUUGUAAUCCCGAAUUUCAUAAACGUAUAAACAGAAAACUGACAAGAAAUUGCAUUGUGGCUGAUGUCAGUUCGUGAUGAAAACACUAACUUUUAUUUGUAAAUCCAUCUCAGAACUCCAGCUUAACUGGUAAUUUUUGUAUUAUCGCUAGCGAUAGUUGCUGACGAAAACUUUAAGGGUUGAUAAUUCUAACUUACAACAGUAGCCCAACUAUUAAUCUGCAAAACUUAACCUUUUUCUUUUACUAUAAAGAAUAAUUCGAAAUGUGAUGACUGAAUAUUAAUUUACUAUUCCACUGUUAUAAUGUUGACUUUUUGCCGCUAAUUCUUUUAUAAUUUUAAAGAUUCCCAUUGUGAAAAUUAGCUUACAUGUGUUGUUCUAAUUCUUUUAUAACUAGGUUCUGUUCCCUAAUUGGCUGAUAGAUCCUUCAAAGUCAUCAGUAGAUAUCACUUUUACUUCAUUUUUAUAAGAUUUAUGUAUAUCAUAAUUAUUUUUGUCGAUCAUAGAAAUUCCGUAAUAUACAAAAAUAAAAUAAUCUAAGCUUUUUCAUAGAUGUUUAUCUAUGUAGGUUACUUGCAAAAUUGACAAAUAACUUGGGAGGUAAAUCACAAAAAAAACGAUGGAAUGAAUAUGAUAGUAACAACAAUAACAAAAAAAUUGAACGAGAAAGUGUGUAGAAAAAAAUAAGAAUAUAGUGUUUAUAUAUUAAAAGAAGGUAAUAUUUAUUUCACUUUUGAUAGUUACUGGUCACGUAAACUAUUUAAUGAUAAUCAAUCUCGAGAUUGAUUUCCAAGCGUUAAUAGUAACUCUCUUACUUAACUCAAACCUGUCGUUUAUAAUUCACCGUCAUGGUACUCGUUGCGCUGGUGAAGUGGCUGCUGCCGCAAAUAAUAGUGUAUGUGGAUUAGGUAUAGCUUAUAGAGCUCGUAUUGGUGGUGUACGUAUGUUAGAUGGUGAUGUGACUGAUGCAAUGGAGUCACGUUCGCUAAGUCAUCAGCUACAACAUAUUGAUGUAUAUUCUGCAUCAUGGGGUCCAGAAGAUGACGGUAAAACAGUUGAUGGUCCAGGUAAACUUGCUCAAAUGGCAUUUCGCAAUGGAAUACAAAUGGGUCGACGUGGUUUGGGAUCAAUUUUUGUAUGGGCCAGUGGGAAUGGUGGUACAAGUCAUGAUAACUGCAAUUGUGAUGGAUACACAAAUAGCAUUUAUACACUAGGUGUUGGAUCAGUUUCAGAGCAUGGAUCUGUUCCGUGGUAUGCAGAAUUAUGUUCUUCAACUUUAGCUGUUACCUAUAGCAGUGGAGGACGUGGUGAACGUGGUGUUAACAGACAAAAGAGAAAUUUGGCGAUUACAACAGAUUUAAAUCACACUUGUACUGAUAAUCAUUCCGGUACAUCAGCUAGUGCACCAUUAGCUGCUGGUAUAUGCGCUCUUACCUUGUCAGCCAAUCCUAAUUUAACUUGGAGAGAUUUACAAUAUUUAGUUGUUUAUACAGCACGUCCAGAUGGUUUAUAUGCAGAUGAUUGGCAUGUGAAUGGUGUUGGUCGACGUGUAUCACAUGCAUUCGGUUACGGUUUAAUGGAUGCUGCCGCUAUGGUUGAUUUAGCUUUGAAUUGGACUAAUGUACCACCACAACGUGUAUGUGAAGCUCAAGCUCCAAUGACUGGUAGUCCAAUUACUAUUAGACAAAUGUCUAAAGAAAAUUUAGCUUUAACUACUGAUGGUUGUGAAUCAGCUGCAGCUCUUGCAGGUGAUUUAUCACAUCGUGUUGUACAUUUGGAACAUGUACAAGCUAAAGUAACUCUAAGUAGUGCACAACGAGGUGAAAUUGAAUUGUGGUUAACGUCUCCAGCUGGAACUAUCUCACAACUUUUAAGCAAAAGGCCAAAAGAUAUUGAUGUCGCUGGAUUUCAUGCAUGGCCAUUUAUGUCUGUACACUAUUGGGGUGAAUUAGCCAAUGGUACUUGGAAAUUAACAGUUAAAUCAGGAAAUGCUGUCGUUUCGAUUCAUGACUGGAGCUUAAUUUUAUAUGGAACAAAUACUCCACCACCAUCUGUACCAAGUUCUUCUCAUAGACGAGGUGUCAGACAACUUCCCAGAAACCAAGAGUCUAAUCCUUCUGUAAAAUCUCAAAAAACAUGGAUUGAUCCACAGAAAGACAAAUUUCACUCACCUAAAACUUCACAACAGCCUCAACAAAAAUCUAUUGAAACAUCAAAACACUAUUCCUUAGAUUCUGUUUUAAAUCCUAUUCAUGAAGAGAACGGUGAUCAUGGCUCUUUUGGUUCAUCGGAAAAUCAAAACUCUUAUCCUUAUCCACCAUUUUACUAUUUAAACAAUCAAAACUCCUAUCGAUAUUGGCCUACUUGGAAUAAUGAAUACCAAAGUUUAUCAUCUGUUCAAGCCCCACUUCCACCUCCUCCACCGCCACCUAUACCAACGGUCUCUGUUCUGUCAUUACCACCACCUUCAGCACAACUAUCAUCCUCAUCAUCGUCUUCUGUCUCUUCACAUUCUCUCUCCUCUCCCUCUUCUUCUUCUUCGUCAUCAUCAUCUCAUGAAUUCUACCCAAAUUAUUUUCCCCAAUCUUCUAUUCCAUUCUCUUCUACAGGUCAUUCUUCAUCGAAUCAUGGUUUAGACGAAUCAAAUCCUUCAAUUGAAUUUGAUCUACCAUCAUUAGUUGUACAGUCGAAUGAUUUCACUCAUAUUGAAGCAUCUAAUACACUUGAUCGAAAUGGUUAUUCCGAACAUGAACUUAGUUUAUCUCAAAAUCAUGGACAAUUAUUAGUUAAUCACGAAGAGUCAAUACAAAGUAACAAUCAUAAAAUUGAGAAUAAUAACAAUUAUAUUAGUAUUAAUCAUAAAAAUAAUUCUGUUUAUUCUAUUAAUGUAAAUUCAGUUUAUUUAUUAUUCUGUCCAAUUUUAUUUAUUUUAUUUAUCUACUAAAUAGAAACUACUGAUAUACAUAUAUAUCUAUGCAGCAUUUCUCUUUUGCCAAGUCAUUUCAUUGUUGUUGUUUCUUUUCUUCUUCCGUUUUUUUUAGAUUGUUCUUUAUUUGAAAGUGCCAAUUGAACAUUCAAUUUCAAACUAGGGAUUUUAUUUUAUUUUUAUUUUCCUUUGUUUUUGAAAUAUGAAGCUAUCCAAAAAUUGAAUUAAUCCUGUCCGUAAAAGUUUUUUUGUAUGUGUGAGUAAUCUUAUUAGGAACUGGGUUUUUUUUAUCUUGAGAAAGGCUUUUGUGGAGAUUUCAGUAUUUGCAUAGUUGAAAUCAUGAGUCAAUUGAAGCUAGACCACCAUG